GAACAUUUGGCUGUUGCCGAAGGUGCUUUAUGAGGUGAUAAGCCAUCAAAUCUUGUUAGGCAUGGUCUGCUUAGGUUAGGACUUCAGGUGUACACCCCCCGGUGUGGCACGGGCAUGUGUAGGACCCAAAUACAGUACACCGGACCACAGGAAUCAUUGGAAUUGACUUUAAUAACGACUAGUCCAGCAACAGAUGGGCCAGCGGCAAGGCAGUGGGGGCCCAGAAAUGAGCUUCGUUCUGGGAUGAGAUCUUUUGAGCAUCGCCCUGUCUCCACCAGAGCUUCAGGAAGAGCUCCUUGGGCAACAGAGUAAGGGUGCGUGGUGUGGCUAACGCCAUCGCAGUGCCAUGGCUCUGGUUCAAGCUCUUCCUGUCACUGACCACUCCAAUCCCGGUGUCGACGUCCAGCAGCGCCAGCCGCUAUCCUCCUCACGCUCCCCGCCGGCCACCCGCAGCUCGGCCAACGCUAUGGGUUCCGUAAGCAGCCUCAUAUCUGGCCGGACGUACCAGGAGAGGCACUGCCGAGCGGCCAGCGAAUUCGCAGCCAAGGCGCGGCGCUCCACGCCGGCUACCAGCUGCUUCCGCCUCCAGGAUAACACCCUCCGCAGCGCGAGCUCCUUGGAGCAGCUGCUAGUUAUCUGCAACCAAACGCAGGAGCACCACCCCCAGGCCCAGGUUCUACCUCCACCGCUGCCCACUAAGAAGCAGCCUCGGCCAGGCAACUCUGCAGCGGCGGGCGGCGGGGGUGGAACGACCGCCAGUGCUACAGGCGGCGGGGUUAAUAAUAACUUGGGAUACGUGAGCAGCGAAGUGGUCGCCGGAGAGUGGAAUGACAACUUGGUGGUGGCUGCUGUAAGUCCCUGCAGCGACUCAGAGGACCAACGGGACAAUAGGACUCUGAAUGGCAACAUAGGAGGACCACCCCCCAAACUCAUCCCAGUUUCCGGACAGCUAGAGAAGAACAUGGAGAAAGUGCUGAUCCGUCCAACAGCGUUCAAGCCUGUAGUUCCCAAGAAUCGACACUUGGUGCAUUACCUGUCUCCGCGACCGGCGGGCUGCAGUCUGUCCGAGAGCCAGGGCAGCCUCAACCUCCUCUUGCCCCUCGCGGGGUCCACCAGCGGAGCAAACGCGGCCAUCGGCGGCAGCUCCGCUUUGGAGGAGAAGCGGGACUCCUUCAGCGGGGGGCGCAACGCUCGCAGCAGCCAGUCCUGCUCCAUGUCGGACUCCGGAAGGAACUCCCUCUCCAGCCUGCCCACUCACAGCAGCACAGGCUACAGUUUGGCCCCCAGUGAGGGCUCCAGCUCCGGGUCAGCACACCCAGAAGCCGGGCAGGUCCUGGUCAGAAACACUUCGGGCGGAAUCGGGAUUCACGGUCACUCGGAUAGUGGACGUUCGUCGUCCAGUAAGAGCACUGGCUCGGGGUCGCGCGGGCAACCCCUGUCGGACAGCGGCUCGUGCGGCCACUCGUCGCCGCCCGUGGAGGGCUACGAGGUGGUGGUGAGGGACCUGGAGGAGAAACUGAGGGAGCGCGACAUGGAGCUUCAGCAUCUGCGGGAAAAUCUGGACGAGAAUGAAGCCGCCAUCUGCCAGGUGUACGAGGAGAAGCAGCAUCGCUGUGAAAGAGAGAUGGAGGAGCUGAGGCACAACAGUGCCACCAAGAUGAAGCAGGCCUCUCAGAAGGCCCAGAGGACUCAGCAGGUCUUACAGUUACAGGUAUUUCAACUACAACAAGAGAAAAAGAAGCUCCAGGAGGACUUCUCGUCACUGCUGCAGGACAGGGAAAUGCUGGAGAGGCGGUGCGCCAACAUCCAGCGCGAGCAGACACAGCUCGGCCCACGGCUGGAGGAGACCAAGUGGGAGGUGUGUCAGAAGUCGGGAGAGAUCUCCCUGCUGAAGCAGCAGCUGAAGGAGAUCCAGUCUGAGCUCAGCCAGAAGGCCGGCGACAUCGUGGUGCUGAGGGCGCAGCUGAGAGAAGCCCGAUCGGAGCUGCAGGCCAGCCAGGCUCGCUCUCAGGAGGCCCAGGCGGCCGUGCGCACGCGAUCCCUGGAGCUGGAAGUUUGUGAGAACGAGCUCCAGAGGAGGAAGAGCGAAGCCGAGCUGCUUCGGGAAAAGGUAUCGCGCCUGGAGGAGGAGAUGGUGCGCCUCCGGGACUCUCUGACGGCCGGAAGCGUGAAGGCUCAGUGCACGAGCUUGACCCUCUAUCAGGGUCGAAGCAUGUCCGGGAGGGGAGGGCCCAGCCCCUGUGUGUACCGCGACGUGGACGACUGUCAUGCGGGUUGGGGAGGAGAGAGCGAUGAAGCCAAGGCGCUGAGGCAGAAUGCAGAAAAUCUGCUGGGACUCAAACAACAGGUGGACCGGCUGAAAUCUGAGCUCAUGUACGAGAGGCGGACGAGUGAGGAGCAGCUGUCUCGAUUCCAGGAUGAACGCAUGGUGUGGCAGGAGGAGAAGGCCAAGGUGAUCUGCUACCAGAAACAGCUGCAGCAGAACUACAUCCAGAUGUACCGGCGGAACCGCGACCUGGAGCGCGUGAUGCGGGAGCUGAGUCUGGAGCUGGAGAACAGGGACAUGGACGACUACGAGGUGCACAGCGGCAGCAACGACAUCCACUUUGAGGAGAUCACCGCCACGGAGAUCUAAAAAGCGACGCUCACACAAGCGAGAGACACGAACCGAACAACAGACCGGGAAGAAAAAAAAAAACACGACGUCUGGCUUUACUUCUUGAGCGGCUCCCAAAGGUGCGUUCUUCCUUUGCUGCUGCCACUCCUCGUGAUCUUUCAUACAGUGUUUCACCUGCACUUUUUUUUUAGAAAGAAUUUUACUCCACCACUUAAAAGUCAGCACAAAAACAUCUUCUUCUGAAGCGUUGCGAAGCGUUCCAAUCAGGGUAUUAUUGAGGAUUAUUGGAAAUACAUUUGGGCCACGUGCACAUUUUCUUCCGCUAAACAACGGGGUACAAGCAUGCAUGUCAUGUAAUGUGAUGAUAACGCCCGAUACGUCUGCUACUUAAUGUUGUGUCGUGUAUUUUUAAGGGGAAUAUUAGCCUGAGCAUGCUAACGCUGGUCCCUUUCAACUGGUAGUACCACCCCAGUCCCUCGGGAGGGCGAUAGUGAGCUACACCGCAAGCUUUUCCCGAAUACCACAUUUCUCUACCCGGCUCAGUUUGGUGCGCUUGUUUUUCCGCUUUGAAAUUGCGCCAAACUGAGAAAAAAACGCAUCCGUCGUCAGUGAGACAACAAUUGCCCAAGGUAAAGAGCCAAUUGUAUUCAAGAGGAGACUGUGGGCAUGCUGCAGCAAAGACAAGAUUGUGGAGUAUAACAGCAGAAACUGGGUAAGCUAACAUUAGCAUGUGUUUUUCAUUUCAAGCUUUGUAUCCUCAAAUGUUACACUGAUGCUCAACCAAUCAGCAAUCAGCAGUGGGUUACAAUAUACACUUGGCACCAGCAUACGUAGACCACGAAUUUGAAAUAGUACAGUGAACCCUCGUUUAUUGCAUUCCAGACACAUCCGCACUAGGUGAAACUCUACGAUAGGUGGAAAUCCACGAUAUAGACCAUAUUUAAAAAAAAUUAAAUAAAUAAAUUAAAAAAAAAACUAUUUAACUAAAAAUGAUGUCACUCAAAACGAGCGCCCAUAGAGACUCAAUUAUGUUGGCACUGACGGAAGCAGCAUUUCAUCAACAAACCACCAAAACACACUCGUCAAUUAAUGUUGCGGUUUGGUGGCAAACGAAUAUCCUCACGUCAUCAACUUGGCCGAACAUUUUUAUCCAAGGCUGACGCUAAUCUAUGCUAACGCUGCAGCUCUAGUUAUUAUAGACAUUAGACUAAAAGGCCUCGCUCACAGACAACCUUUUAAAAAGUAGGCGCACACAUUCAUAUUUACACGGUUGUUUCAUUUCACACUUGAAGGGUGGGCAGGCACUCCAGAGACUAUUUGGAUACAAAUAUUCAAAAAUGUAUUUUCCCCCGAAAUAUGUUCCCUUUGAGAGAAAGGCUGUGCAGCAUCGGGAGUUGUCAGCAGGACGUUUCUGAUUCUUGCUCUCUUAGUCUGCCUUUGUCUAUUUUUAGCAGCGUUAGGAACCUAAAAAUGGAGUUUUUUUAGUCUCGCUGCUGCUUCUUUCUUUCUUCUUCCUCAGUCUUCUGUUUGUACUUGAUGUGAGCUUCUAUGCACACUUUUUGUUUGUUCCUUACAGCAGGCUUUUUUUUUUUUUUUUUUUUUUUUUUUUUUUUAAAGCUUCCAGCAGUCCAAAUUCACAAUCAUUUAAACUUGAGUCUUCCAAAGCUUUGUGAGCUGGAGCCUAUGCCAUCGGAGUUCGGACUGGACAAUUGGACAAUUGAGUCUUGAGUGGUAACUAAUACACAUUUUUGGGAUGUGGGAGGAAGCUGGAGCACCUGGGGAUAACCCAAACUGAGAUUCAAACCCCCAACCUCAGAACUGUGAGGCAUACGUGCGACAUCACUAGCCCUCCAACCGCUACUAAAUUUGAGCCACGUUAUACUAGACAGUCUAAUAACCCAGCUUCACGAGGUCAGCUUUAAUUCUUAUGAUUUUAAUUAUCCAGCAUGAGAGAACUGAAAUUUCAUCCACUUAAAAUAUAUAUCAAAAAGGAAAUCUAUAGCAAGAAGAUUGUAUAUUUUUAUAUACAUAUAUGAAUAAAGCACCUACUAAUAUUUUUUCUUGUUGUAGCACCGGUGUGGGUUUCAUAUGCCAAUUCUAUAUAUCAAUGUCUAUAGAUAUAUAUGCAGUAGACUGCGAAGCUAUAAAAACGGAAAUAAAAGCUGAGAGGAACUGUUUAGAGAGAGAGCCCACAAAAAUUAACCAACAAAUGAUUCAAUUAGUAAUCAUUUUGUUCAUAUUUUCUCAUAAAGAUAUCUAGUACGGCCCUCGGAGGACUUUCCCGACUGUUACUUCCUUUGCGAGUGUAAAUAUGUAAAAGAGUUAAUAGUAUAACACUUUAUCUCGGAUAUGGACAUUUCAAAUGUAGCCACUGUGACUAUAGACCAAAGUGACUCAUUACUAUUACAUUUUGUUUGUUUUGUUGUGGCUUCUUUUUAUUAUCCUUUUAUACAUUCGCUUAUGUUACGUCACACUUGAUUCAUAAAGUAGAUGUGGUCCAUGUAAAUGUGGACGUUUUGUUGUAUAAAACGACUUGUGUUUUUUCAGUAAAGAACAAGCUGUCACAUCUUCAA